AUGUCUACCCACAAGUCAUCCAAAUCCAAGAAACGGCACAGAAAUGUGAAUUCAUCGGCAUCUUCGUCUUCCAUACAAGCCCAAACACGUCAGAGAGCUCAAGUAUACGACACGGCCAACAUUGUUCUCGACGUAACGGCAAAUAUAGCGGAGGGAUCAGAUAUACUCGCUCCUCUAAAGGCGGUUUGUCGAGCAACUAAAUCAAUCCUUGAAGUCAUGCGGGCGAUAGAAAGCAAUAAAGAGGAAUGGAUCGACCUCACGCGGCGUCUGAAGGAAUACAUGUCGACGUUUGAGGAACAAAUCGCGUCGUUUGAAACAUAUUCUCAAGCGGAGAGAGUCAUUGGCGAGGCGCUAAAUCGACCUCUCAAUCACUACAUCGAGCUCCUCAGGGAUAUACACAGUACCGUCGUCGACCUGAGGGAGAAACGCAGCCGCAGUAAAUUGAGUCUGCUGAAAGGGUUCAGUAGAGUCAAAGUUGAUUCAGAGGAGAUUCGUAAAUUGAAUCGAGAUGUCGAAGACAGGCACAGACAGCUCAUGAGCGCAUUGGGACUUUUCACCGCAUCGCGUGUUCAGGCUAUCGAAAGAAGCGUGGCCAUACUCCAGCUGCCAACUGUAGCAUUCGUCGCAUCUUCAGUCCACAGACUCUGUCUGGAAGGAACGCGUGAAGCGGUCCUUCAGACGAUUUGGAACUGGGCAAACGAUAGUGCUUCAGACAAGCCCAUAUUUUGGCUUUGUGACAUUGCCGGCUCUGGCAAAUCUACAGUCGCCAUGUCCGCAGUGGAAUCAUGGCGAAAGAAAGGAGUGCUAGGAGGUCGAUUCUUCUUCUCCAUGGCAAGCAGUGAAGGAUCAACCACCGACAAAUUCUGCUCCACCAUUGCAAGAGACCUUGUCCAGUACAUCCCCGAACUCAUACCACAUGUCGCUGGAGCUGUGAAGCAGAACCCUUCCUUCAUGCGAAGCUCUCUCGGCGAGCAGCUCCAGAUACUCGUCACUGACCCCUUCAUCAUUGGCAAGGCCAUGUAA